GAAGCAAAGCGCGGUUCGUGAGGCUUCUUCAACGCAUAAACGUUGCAGGUUUAUGGGGGGCUUUGUAACAUCUCAGUGAGCAAGAUUGUUCGAUGUUUCUCGGUCUGAAUCAAUCAGCGCCAUCUUCGUCAUCGUUAGUUGUCUUUUCCAGGGUUGAAAGCUUGACAUCGAAGAUCUAGUUCGCUGUUUAUUCGAUUUAGCGCGAUGAAUUGUUUUUGGGAAUUUGUGGUUUUUGGUGUUUUAGAUGGUUGAUUCUUGUUGGGUUCUGCAGAAAUUUUGCUUAUUACCCACUGAUUGAUUCCUUCUCCAAGAGAACUCGAGCUCAGUGGUGCCGACACCAUCCCUGAGGUUUAGGGUUUAGGGCGGAUUUGAAAUCGCCAUUUCAUGCGUCUCCGGAUUUCGAUUCUCAGUAGCCAUGUCCGUUCGUUGUCUUCAUCAUCAUUGUCAUGGGUGUCUCCUCUCCGGUAUGCAGAUAAGAAACCUGACCCACCAUCCGAAUCCUCGAGCUCCUCACUGGAAGCUAGGAGGAAGAACAAGUUCAUCACGCAUGUAGCCGCCAUUAACUUGAUCAAGUGCGAGAGAGAUCCUGAACGCGCAUUGGAUGUGUUCAACAAGGUGUCGGAGCAAAAGGGUUUCAACCACAACAACGAUACGUAUUCUGUUGUUCUGGAUAAGCUUGCGAGGUGCAAGAAGUUUCGGGCCGUCGACGCAAUUCUUCACCGGAUGAAGUAUGACACUUGCAAGAUUCACGAGGGAGUGUUUCUUAAUCUCAUGAAGCAUUUCUCUAGAUUCUCUUUACAUGAGAAGGUGGUGGAGAUGUUUUACAUGAUCGAGCCGAUUGCCCGUGAAAAGCCUUCUCUCAAUGCCAUAAGUACUUGUCUCAAUCUUCUUGUUGAUUCGGGUAAGGUUGAUUUGGCUCGGGAAAUACUCUUGCACGCCAAACAGCGUCUUAGGUUACAGCCGAAUACUUGCAUUUUCAAUAUAUUAGUUAAGCACCACUGUAAGAAUGGAGAUGUUUGUUCUGCUUUCGAAGUUGUCGAGGAGAUGAAGAGAUCCAGAGUUUCAUAUCCGAAUCUGAUUACUUACUCAACCCUAAUGGGCGGCCUGUGUGCAGAGAGAAGGUUUAAAGAAGCUAUGGAACUGUUUGAGGAGAUGAUCUCGAAAGAGCAGCUCUUGCCCGAUUCCUUGACUUACAACGUUCUGAUUAACGGAUUCUGCCAAGCAGGGGAAGUUGACAGAGCCAGGAGUAUCAUAGAUUUCAUGAAGAACAAUGGCUGCAACCCGAACUUGUACAAUUACUCGGCUCUGAUGAACGGGUUUAGCCGAGAGGGAAGAGUUCAGGAAGCCAAACAAAUCUUUGACGAGUUGAAGAACGUUGGUUUGAAACCGGAUACAGUAUGGUAUACCACAUUGAUGAACUGCUUAUGCAGAAACGGUCAAACAGAUGAGGCAAUAGAUCUGCUCAGAGAGAUGCAAGAAACCGGGUGUAAACCUGAUGCAUUAACCUACAAUGUCGUACUCCGGGGCUUAUCCCGGGAGGAAGGAAGACUAGACGAAGCCCUUGAGAUGCUGAAGCAGUUGACGAGUGAGGGAGUUCGUCUGAACAAAGGGAGUUACAGGAUCGUACUGAAUGCAUUGUGCGAAAAGGGCGAGCUGAUGAAGGCCGUAGGGUUGAUGGGUUUGAUGUCGGAAAGAGGGUUUUGGCCUCACCAUGCGACAUGGAACGAGGUGGUGGUUAGGGUUUGCGAAUCCGGGAAGGCGGAUAUCGGGGUUAGGAUUCUGACUGGAUUUGUGGAAAUGGGUUUCAGACCGGAGCCGGGAUCUUGGAGUGUUGUGGUUCAGUCGAUGUGCAAAGACAGGAAACUGUUGUCUGUGUUCGAGUUGCUUGAUUCCUUAGUUUCUUGAAGAAAAGCCCGUUUAGUUGCGCACCAAACUCAUUUGUUGUAAAGGCGACUAUUUCAGGUUAUGGUAUUUUUUUUCCAUUUUAGAAAAA